UUUUUCCCGAUGAGUUCGAAUUAGUUUUCCACGCACUAAUUAGUAUAGGUGUAUUUUUGGAUUUACUUAAGACACCUCUCAAGUGGACCUUGUUGUGUAAUUUGCCUGGUUUUUUUAUGCUAAACCCAACCUACAGUGUCACAGUUUUAAUUAAUCUCGUCUUUCGCGCAAUUUCUCUAAUGUGAAUGUAAAAUGAGAAUAGUUUUAUCUGCUUGGCGAGUAUUUUUUUAUUUCGUGAAUUCAACUUUUGAUGAUGAGAUUGAACUUAAACCACUGUUUACUAUAAAUAUAUUUCUUCUUGCGUCACGCCAAUGUGUAGGACUGUGAAAAUAUUGUGCGAUAAAAAUGGAAAUAAGCCUCAAAUGUGUAUUUGUGUAAAUUGUAAGGUGAUUUUACAUGAGUCUCUUUCCAAUGCCUUGACGUGCGUGUGCGAUAAAGAAAGAGUCAAUUGCGAUCUCUGUGGGAACGCCAAGAAGUGAUCACUAAAGCGACAGCGAUCCUCUGUUUUUCCCCAAAGGAGAGAGAUACAUUUGUGCAGUUGAUUGAAAAAUGACGACAAUUUAUCGAACACUGAAUUCGCCUAAAGUGGAUUUAAUUCGCUACGAGCAGAAGAUCAACGCGCUGCUCGCCGAUCUCCAGAACUCCGUGCCGGGAGGAGCGUCUCAGCAUCACUACAAUGCCAACUCAUCUGGAGGAUACGGGAGUCUGCGCGCCAAGCAGUCCCCGCAGUCGCCAACGUACCAUGUGCAGAGCCAACACUCCGCCUCGGGCGUGAAUGGGGCCGUGCGUGGAUCGGGGUCGCUGCCGCGGAAUGUGGGCUCCAACACGGGCAACCUCUCCGAGCUGGACUCUCUGUUGGAGGACUUGAGCUCCCAGCGGUAUGGCCGGAGUUUGGACAGGAAGGGCGAGAAUGGCUACGCGUCCAGUCGCUAUGCCAAUGACUCCACUGUGAGGCCCUCCGUGGACAGCUUGCUGGAUGAGCUGAGCAGUGCCAAUACCAGCGGAGCGACAUAUGCUGUGCCCAAUGGAACGUCCACUCCGGAGCCCGGAAAAGCUGGAAAGCAUGUUACGAUCACCGUGAGAGAGACCAAGACGGAACGUAUGCGGUCUCAAUCUCCUCCUGGAGGUCAAGAUGUCAUGGAAACGGUGACGAAAGAGGAGAAAUCCUACUCAAGCUCAACUCCAUCUUUUCAUGCCUCGACAGCCACGAAGGAGUUGGAUGAUCUUAUGGCUUCGCUGUCUGAUUUCAAGGUGAAUCCUAACAGUCAUCGUCACCAGCAGGUCACGGAUUACGCCAAGCCGAACAAGGGCGUUUCGCAUAUUCAGCAGUAUAAGGAGGUGACGACAACUACUACGACCACCACCACUCAACCCCGUGACCAGUUGGAUUCUAUGCUAGGAAACCUCCAGGCCAACAUGAAUCGCCAGGGUGUGACAACGACACAGAAGGGCUGCUGCUCUGGGUGCGACAAGCCGAUUGUGGGCCAGGUGAUCACGGCCCUGGGCAAGACAUGGCAUCCUGAGCACUUCACGUGCAAUCACUGCAAUCAGGAGUUGGGCACGAGGAACUUCUUCGAGCGCGAUGGCCAUCCCUAUUGCGAGCCGGACUAUCACAAUCUCUUCAGUCCACGCUGUGCCUACUGCAAUGGAGCCAUUCUCGAUAAAUGUGUGACGGCCCUGGAGAAGACCUGGCACACGGAGCACUUCUUCUGCGCCCAGUGUGGACAGCAGUUCGGCGAGGAGGGCUUCCAUGAGCGGGACGGGAAGCCGUACUGCCGAAAUGACUACUUCGACAUGUUUGCCCCGAAGUGCAGCGGCUGCAAUCGUGCCAUCAUGGAGAACUACAUUUCGGCCCUCAAUGCACAGUGGCAUCCGUCUUGCUUUGUUUGCCGCGAUUGCCGGCAGCCGUUCCAGGGCGGCUCCUUCUUCGAUCACGAGGGCUUGCCGUACUGUGAGACGCACUACCAUGCCAAGCGUGGAUCUCUGUGUGCUGGAUGCUCAAAGCCCAUUACAGGACGCUGUAUUACGGCCAUGUUCAGGAAAUUCCAUCCGGAACACUUUGUGUGCGCCUUUUGCCUGAAGCAGCUCAACAAGGGCACUUUCAAAGAGCAGAACGACAAACCCUAUUGCCAUCCGUGCUUCGACAAGCUCUUCGGCUAGGCGUUCUUCUGAGGAAGAAAGGGAUCGGCCGGCCCGGCAAGAGGAAGAGGAUGAGUCACAAGAGAAAACUGAGUUCCGUUUACAGUCAGCAGCGACCGCAUGAUUAAAGAAAAUCCGCUCUCCCUCCCCACAAGACAAAGUCUCCACGAACAAUUAAUCAAUUAUUAUCUAUAAUAAUGGAUAUAAAGUAGAUUUUUUAAUGAAUGGUGAAAAAGAAAGUACGUAGAAGUUUUUUUCUAAUAAUUCCUCAUACAAUGAAAUAAUACAUAACUCAAGGGUAAUCCUCAAAGAAUAACACGAUAAAUUGCUUUAUAGUCUUCUCAAAGGUAUCAAUUUAGGUGAGAUACAUAAAAAAAAGUAUAUAAAAUGCGUAAAAAAGUUUAAUGUGUUAAUAUAAAUCAGCAAGUCUUCUAUUUAUCUAAUGAAAAAGAGAAAGAUUAUUUGUGCCAAUUCUACUUACACUGUGUAACUCUUGAUUCUGUCGUCUCACCAUUUUAUUAUUUUUGAUAUUUGUUAAUUAUUGUAUAUUAUUUUAAUUUUAUAUAUAUGCGACAAAGAAUUACUGUAGUUAGGAGAUAUCCUCAUAACAACUUAACUCGUUAUUUGACAGUGAAUAUAGAGAAGAAAAUCAAUAAAUUUAUGCCUCUAUGACACAAGAA